AUGCGACUGGGUGAAUGGGGAAUGGAGGGAGUACAGGGUACUUGUGCUCCUGCAUUGCGUUACGCGGUCGGAUACGGGCGAGACAUGCAGGGCAAGGUAGCAGUGACCUUUGACCUUCACAUAACAUACGUGGCUGACUUUACUCUCGGACCUCAAUGGCCCACCCCACUCAAACAAAGCUCUCCCUCCCCAGGUGUCAUCCAGGACGGUUCAGGUGUCGAGGUGUCGAAAUCCCGAUAUGGAACGCCUGGUCUUGGCAGUAAGCUGAAUCUGUCGGCUCCAGCUGUGCCCCUCGACUCCAACCUUACUCUCCAAGUCCGCAAUUCCACCAUGGCCGACAACGAAGAUGCAGGUGCCCCUUCCGAGCCCCUCGAUCUCGUUCGUCUCUCUCUCGAUGAGAUUGUUUUCGUGAAGCUGCGCGGUGACCGCGAGCUGAAGGGCCGCCUCCACGCAUAUGACAGCCACUGCAACUUAGUUCUGGGUGAUGUGGAAGAGACCAUCUACGUGGUGGAGGAAGAUGAUAAUGAAGAGGAAACCACAAGGACAAUCAAGAAGCAAGAAGAGAUGCUGUUCGUCCGAGGUGAUUCCGUCGUUUUGAUCUCUCCCCAAGCUUGA